GUGUGUAAUAAUCAGUUGUAGUUUUCUUUUCACGCAAAGCAGACUAAAUUCCAUGUUUUAAUACAAAAUUUCUCGGUGUAAUUAAAAAUUUAAAAAUUUUUUUAAAAAAACCAAAAAAAAAUCAAUUUCUUUUUAAAUAAAUUGUCUUCAAAAUGAUGCUAUCAACCUAUCAACAUGACUAUGUACCGCCAAACGCCAAAAGGUACGAGUUCCUCACACGUCCCGGUGGUCAGGAACCCCCGCAAGUCAUCGAGUGUCAAUGCAUAGAUGAGGAAAAGAUCAAGAUUCCGGUGGCGGCCAAGGACUGUGGCGGCGUAGAGUGGACAGGAAUUGCACCGAUGGGUAAGCUGGUGGAUCCGCGACUCAUACCCACCCAGAUCACCCAGGAUCAGGCGGACAACAUGGCCUUUUCGGCGGAGUCUGACUGUCACACGUUGCAACCCAAUCGCUUCCUGAAGAUCCUGCGCACCGUCUACCCGGAUCUGUACGAGCGCCUCAAGGUUAUGCCCAAGGAGGAACUGAGCCGAAGGCUGGAGAAUAAUCGCAUGUACACGACCUAUCAAAUCGAUUACUGCGCAAUGAACGAGUAUCCGGACGGCAUAUACGACAGCCUGAAGACUGAGGACGACUCUAAGCAACACACAAACAAGAUGAUGACCGAACGCGGACCUUGCUCAGAGUUCCGUUCGAAUGUGAUGAACGAACUGGAACGUGAAGCGUCCACCGGUUUCGAGGUGUCGCGGGACGAGUGCGAAAAGACAUACAAGCCGUUCAAGACUACCUUUUCGGAUUCCUCACAGUUUGUCGAAUCUGGAAGCAACUCGCAUUGGAGCGCAGCUCCAACCACAUACCGCAAGAUGCCCACCUUCACCGAGUACAUGGACUCGAUUAGUCGCAAUGGUUGUGUCAUUAUGCGCAACAAGCUGCACGAUCACUCCAAGUGCUUGGCCAAGUACUGCAAGCACGAGCUCAAGUUUACUUGCGCUGACAUGAAGUAAUCCAGUCCUUCCUCGAUUUAAAGUCUUGUGCAUUAUUUUGGUUUGAAUAAAUGUCUUUACACAAACAA